AGCUUCCGAUCUCUAGUACAGCAUGGAAACAAGCAGGAGGCAUCCUCACCUCAGCCCAGCACUCCAUCUGCUCGCCUUCAUCCUCAAUGUUCUUCCCGGAGUCGGUGCAGAACAGGAGACAGAGAAUCUCUCAGGACUUUCCACUGAUCCUUACAAAGACAUUUUUGUGGUUCGGGAGAACGGAACAACGUGUCUGAUGGCAGAAUUUGCAGCAAAAUUUAACGUCGCCUACGAUGCAAGGGCCAAUAACUAUGUAGACCUCAUUACAGAACAGGCUGACAUCUCGAUUCCACGUGGAGCAGGCGUUAAGGGAAAAUGCGGAAGCAACGAAUCUGAGCUGCAAAUUUCCUGGCUGGACGACGCCUAUAGUUUUAAGCUCUUUUUUGUGAAGGAAGUCCGCAACGUGUCAACGAGGCAAGACAGUUACUGGAAAAUCAGCAAGGUGCAGUUCGUUUAUGACUCGUCUGAUACCGCUCAUUUCAAGGACGCGGCCAACGCCGGGAAGCACACAGCCAGUUCUCACCUCCUGUCCCUCUUUGUGACCCCCCUGGGCAAGUCGUACAAGUGUGAGGCGCAGGAAACCAUCUCUCUGAUCUCCAGUGACCACCAGAAAGCUGUCGCUAUCCUGCUCUCUCAGAUUCACAUUCAACCGUUCGGCCUCAAACGGGACUUCAUCUUCAGCGAAGGUAGAGAGGCGGGGCUGUAUUUUGUUGUUCCUCUGUGA